AAUAUUUUUCACACAUUAGUAUACAGAGCAGCUGUCAUCCUGUUAUCCUUGCUUCGAGUGUGCUUCCUGUCAAAUGACAGAGCACAGAAAAUAUGUAGUACGUGUAAGUUUUGGAGUGUGUGAAUUUUACCAGCGUGAGAAUAGUAAAUAUGAAAUGUAUAAAAUCAUUAUAAAAGAGUUCACCCAUAAAAUGUUGCACAGCCGUUACGAAAUGUGUUAAUAUACCUAAAUGUAUAUAAAAAUAUAGUUUAGCUUUAGAGCUAGUGAAUAUACCUGCUAAUUGGAAGUUCGCAGAAGAAUCCAAAGUGCUUGUAGUUCAGUAGAUAGUGAAUGUUUUAUUUCAUAGUUACCUAAACCUACCUAGUAGUGAAAUUCGUAGUGAAAUCAUGUGCAUUGCGAGCCUCAUAAGCUCCGGGGGCUGGUUCGGUCACCUCAAUUGCAAAUAAAAAAGAAGAUAAAAUCAAAAUUUGACCUCGCUUUGAAGUGGGUGUGUGGCAAAAGGAAAUAUUUUUAACAAACUCACACGCACACAAACACGUACACAAACAAACAUAUAUACAACAAACUCGCAAAUACCCACCGUGCGCAAUAUGAAAGUGAUGCGCAUCCGCCACGCUAAACUCAUUGUAGCCGUAGUGGUCAUAGCCAAUCUCAUACUAUUUUAUUACUCCUGGAAAUCGACCAUUUGGAAGAGUCUCACAUCCACACUCUUGCCCAGCGAUGCAGCUGCGCGCGGCGCAUCAGCUGAUAAUGAGCUCGGCGGCAUUGGUGGUGGCGCUGCAGGACGUGGCGCGGGCAAAUCGCCGCGUGAUAAGCUCAAGAAUGCCAACAAACAUAUACGCAAAUCUAUAACUGUAGUAUUUCGUAGUUUUUAUAAUUUCGAAAAUGAUCUCAAAGCAUCCAUUGAUAAUCUGCUUGAUAUUGUGCCGAAUCUGUCGGUGUUAGUGCUGCUGGAGGGUACGCCAUACCCGCCGGUCACGUAUGAGCGCAACAUCACCGCCACCAGCGGUGAGGAGAACACUGUGCGCUUUAUCAAUCUCGGCUUCGAUGUGCAAAAGACACCGGAGCAAUUGAAUGCGCUCGCGGCGAUACACACCAAGUAUGUGCUGUUCCUGCCGGAUAGCGUGCGUUUGACAAGUAAAAAUCUUUUACAGAAGAUUUUGCGCGAAAUCAAUUCAGCCAUGCCAUUGGGCGCUGGCAUUGCGGCCAGAGCGCCGCUCAAGGCGGGCGAGGUUAAACAUCAGCAAGAGGCGCGCGCCUUGUUACCGCCUGUGGGUCCCGAGGAGACGGUCAAACGUUUGGUUAUAGUGCCGUUUGCUGGCAAUAUGAAGUCGUUUAGCAGUUGUACGCAAAUCAACUUGGAUCUACCCAAUUGGACGAUACAAUAUGUGGCGGUGAACAGCAGCGACAAGUGUGACUUGUACUUACAAAAGCAUGCCAUACUCGUGGAUGUGGGCGUACUCAAGGAGUUGCCCGACCCAUUCGUCUCACCUUUCCCCGAAAUGUUUUACAUACAGGCGAAGUUGGCUGGCAUUUCUAAAACCGUUUUUCCGCAAACCUUCCAAGAUGGACGCCGUCUAUUUGCCUCGUAUCACACAAAACAACGCCGCACCGAAAUGCGACGUCGCCAGUUUAAGGAACUCUACAAGAAGCUACAGAUCAAACGCAUCAUACGACGUUCACACAAAAUCAUCUCGAAAAGUGAUGCAAAAGAGGGUGGUGGUGGUGGUGGCUCUCAUCACAAUCUCGUGCUGGAUACACAAUUUUCCUCAUCGAACUUCAGUUUGCCGCUGGUAACGGAAAUCGAUUUAAUCGGUUGUGAGCGCACCACAAAAUCUUGUGUGGGCACUGUCUACAAUAAUCGUCCCUUCUACAUUUAUUUGGACAAACACACGCCCCCAUGUUGCCUUGACAAGCUCAAAACGACAUUCAAUCAUGUACUCGAGGAGUUCGAGAAUGUCGGCAUACGUUAUUGGUUGGAUAAUCAAGCCUUGCGCACAGCCAUCGAAACGAAUCACCUGCAUCCGGAUGCUUUUGAAAUCGAUAUCAGUUUCAAUGUCAAUGAUUUGGAGCGUUCGAAUGCGAUGAAGAAGUCCCAAAAUAAACCAUAUGUCGAUAAUGAAGGCUUCUAUUGGAUCAAGGCAACGGAUGGUCACUAUUUUAAAGUACAAUUCUCGAAAAUUAAUCAAAUUGGUGUGAAUUUGUUACCAUUCGAAAUUAACGGCAAUGAGGUGAGACCGAGUGGAUUUUUCGGUUGGAAAGCAAAAGAGUUCUCUGCAGACUAUUUGCAUCCAAUGUCGACGGUACUCUUUUUGGGCAAAAGUGUUAUGUGUCCGAAUAAUGUGCGCGAGUUCUUGGACUUUAAGAAUGUGUAAUGGCCUGAUUGAUGGGGGAA